ACUUUCCUGUGUUUCUCUCUAAACGUAAACCCCUGAAAUCCCGAGCCCCCCACGACGAUCUGCGUUGUGAUCGCAAUCUGCCAAACCGAGUCAAAAAAGCAGUCUGCCGCAAGAUGCUCGCCGCAAGCUUAGACUUCCUUGCCAGCCUCGCAGCACGCUUGCUUCCUCAAAUCAUCACCUGAUCACCCUUGUCGGUUCCCUCCUUCAAUGGCGAACAGAUAAGUAGGCAUCUCCCCGCCCCACUGCCCGACCGGACUGCAGCACGGAAAGACAGGGCUUUGGUCUCUGUCGCCCCAUCGAAACAGAAUCGCUUAAAGCAGGCCGCAGGAAUCAGAACCUCUCCUCUUUUUUUUCUCAACUUUGUGGAUCGCGCUGCCUGCAACGUUGAUCGGAUAGCUCAGCCUCGCCCCAUCUUGCCCUUUCUUUGAGGAAGGGUUUGGUUUUGGGGCCGAAUCACAACCACCAAAUUAGCUUCUUAUCGUUGCGAUGACGCCGGCGGAGGAGCUCAAUAGUUUGAUGCAUUGGAUGUUCUCGGAGGGUUUGUUGGACCAGCAAUUCCAACAACUCCAGAUGCUGCAGGAUGCCAGCAAUCCCAAUUUUGUUGCGGAGGUGAUCACCUUGUUCUGCAAAGAUUCAGAGAUUAUCUUAGCUGAGUUGACAAAAUUGCUGAAUCAACCUGUUGUUGACUUUCAAAAGGUGGAUGCUUAUGUUCACCAACUUAAAGGAAGUAGCUCGAGCGUGGGCGCGAAUAAUGUAAAAUUGGCCUGCAUUCACUUCCGUCAGUUCUAUGACGAGAAUAAUAAAGAAGGGUGUCUCAGUGCCUUGAAUGUCGUGGAGUGUGAAUAUUUUCGUUUGAAGGACAAACUUGCCGUUAUGUUGCAGCUUGAGCAGACAAUCCAAGCCUACGAGAACAACAAACAAAUUUAAAGAAUGAAGAAGAAUUCGUUCCAUCGCUAGUUCAGAUUCCGUAAUCAAAUUAUCGGUUAUCUGUUUAAACAUAUAUUCAAAUGAAUUUGAAGAUUUAGCCGGAUUGUUGUUACUAAAACUACGCUUGGAAAACAUGAAUUUUGUGCUUGUUUAAACUUAUUUGGCCACUGAAA